AAUUAACUUACUGGGAACAUGGACGAACAUAUCCAACUGAUAUAAAUGAUAACCGAUGAGUGUUAUUGUUAAAAAUAUAUUUCAAUUGACAGUCAAUCCCAAAUUGUCGGAGCAUGUUCUGAUAAAAAAUCAUGUCUGAAGCAAGCACAAAAGCAGUGGGCGAGGACCCGGCCAAAACAGACAGGGACAAUCUCGACAGGCUGCUCAAAAUAUUCAAUGGGGGCACCGGAGUUAACCUGGGGUCACCAGUCCGUUUACCAGAGCAUGGCCGUCGGAGGGUCACUAUUAACGACACAAAACCUCUGUCCUCCACGUUGUUACCACAGCGGGUGAAGACAUUCUACAUGGACCCACGAAUAGACAUGCUGACCCGCAGAGACACUGUCAUUAUACCCAAUGUGCCAACCAAGUCUGCGCGGGCAAGGUCAAUGAUUGGUGGAACUCCCAUCACCAAGGAAACAGCAAUAGCACUACGCAAGAUAACGCUGGGAAGCACCAUCCACUCAUUCAGCCGUGACUGGCGCAAGGCUGCCCUGAUCUUCCAGGAUGAGUCCACUAAAUACCCUUUCGGUCUUCAAACACACAGGAAUGGUGCCAGAGCGUUUAUCCUGUGUUUCCAAGGUUACCUUCUAAAGCACCUGCUUUUUGGACGCCAGUACGCCUCUAGUCUAGCCACCAGAAAUGCCUUAAAGCCAUCAGAUUUUGAGCGCCGUAAAGCGCUGUGUUCUGCCAUCUGUGAGAUACUGUGGCAGGCUGGUUGCCAGUCUAGGUGCAGCCUGUGUCUGCUGCAAGACUCCGCCUUUUUUGACACAGAUUACACCUACCGUAAAGAUGGGCUUACAGAAAUGAUUAACCUGUAUGAGUUCAAGAAGUAUGUGGACCUGGAGAUGUUUGUGAAGAGACACCUCAGUCACUUUGAGCAUGAAAACUCCAAUGGCUGCAUCACACUCCUCUACAGCAUCAUCCUAUCAAGGACCAUACCAAAGAUAUAUGAGGACAUGGGUAUUCAUGAGAAUCCAGACAAGGUACGUCUGCUAGCCGACAACGAAGAUUGUGUGCCUGCACUCAUUAACCUGCUGUUGACAGGCCGCGCCACGCAGUACUACCACAACGGCAACAUUAUCUAUGAUAAGGACGGUCAUUUACUGCCCCACCCCCUGCCUGGCUUGAAGGAGAGGAGUCAAAUUGGCAUGCUGUUCUUUGACAAGAAUGAGGAUGAUGAUGAGCGGACAGAGGUUGGCAGUAUGUUGAAAACGCCUAAGAGUCCAAUAUGGCUGACAUUGGUAAACAAUCAGUGGGGACUACUUUUUAGCAACAACCAUGACCUUGUGUCUGACUGGAGGGUGGAGCAUCACUUCACCUUGUAUUACUACACUGGUCUUCUACAAAAUACAUACACUGUGAUAAAUAUAGAGACACUACGCCUACCAAAAGACAAACACGAGAAAAAUCCUGACGAGGACUGGGGACACACCAGAUACAAUAGAAGAUUUCGCGUGAAGACUGCUGUAGCUCGAAAAAUUGAGGAAGAGAAAAUACCACCUUUGGAGCGUUGCAUUUUAACCAAAUGGUACGGUGCUAAUGUGGACUGGAAUGGAGUGCACCCAUUUGUUUGAAAGAGGAGGCACCAGGGAACCAGCCUUAACCAGUUUACCAUCCAUCAUAAAAACCAGUUUACCAUUGAAUGCAACAAGUCAACAUAGUAUUGGUAGUCGAAGAGACAGUUGAAUUGAAAAUCAUGCAUAUUGGUAUGAGCUGUUAAGCAUGUUUUAUGGUUUGAACUGUGUAUUAUGUUUAAUGGUUUCAGCUGUGAAUCAUCCAUAUUGGUUUGAACUGUGAAUCAUGUUUAAUGGUUUGAGCUGUGAAUCAUGUAUAAUGGUUUGAGCUGUGAAUCAUCCAUAAUGGUUUGAGCUGUGAAUCAUCCAUAAUGGUUUGAGAUGUGAAUCAUGCAACUAGUUGCAUGGUUUUGAAAAAUUACUCAUAACAAAUUUAAAUAAUAAUAUAUUAGAGUAAGUAACAAUUGGUAUCUGACUGCCUGACACAAACACAAGAGGAAUGAUAAUUCAACAUCAAUACAUGCAUUUACCAUAAAGAAGGAGAAAGUUCAAAAGGGUUUGCUUUAAAUGUAAGAUUAUCAUCCAACAUUGUCUCCACACUAGCAUUAAUAAAUUCUGUGUGCCGUGAUCGUGUGAUCACAUUAUAGUUAGGUGAGUACAGCAAUGCAACAAAGCUGGGGGUUUUUACGCAUUUAUUUUAACCCUUUUAUUUUUCCUGCACAUUCACAUUAACAUAGUUAAAUUAAGAGCUUUUUUGUGGUUUAUAGGGAAAUAAACAGUGAAAAAUCACAGUGAAAAUUAUCAAUAAUUUUCGUCCUUAUAUACUUUCACGUGUUAACUGUGAAAUGACUUCGUUUUAUGACCUCAUUAUUCAAGCAAAAUACUCCAAUUAAACUAUUUUAAAAUGUAACAAAAGCAAUUGAAAAUGCAUCGAAUAAACAGUAAAUAUGUUGGUUGUUGGUAGAGUACUGAUAUGUUUUCACCUGUGAUGAUAGAAAAUAAAUAUAUUCACUUGUGAAAAUAUUAAUCUGUGAAAAACGAUAAUCUACUAAGCUCAACAUAUUUCCUCAACUUGACCAUUAAGCAGGGAAAUGGGGGAAGAAGAGGCAAACACAAAAGGAGCAGGUUGUCCCACCCUGAUAUUUGGGUGUUAAUCUUCGCCUUCUUGGUUGGCACAUUACUAUGAUUUGAGUCUUAUUUAAAUGGUGGUAUAUAUAAUUGGGCUUUGCUCUGUGAAAAGGGGCUUAAUGCAUGUGCAUUUAAUGUCGUCCCAGAUUAGCCUUUGCAGUCUGCACAGGCUAAUCAGGGACGACACUUUCCGCUUUUAUGGUAUUUUUUGUUUAAAGAAAGUCUAUUCUUAGCAAAAAUCCAGUUAAGGUGGAAAGUGUUGUCCCUGAUUUGCCUGUGCCGACUGCACAGGCUAAUCUGGGACAACACUUUACGCACAUGCAUUAAACCCCCUUUUCACAUGGCCCAAUUAUAAUUAUAUGUAUGAAUGCAUUAGACGUGAAAUCUGUUGAACUCCUGUAUGAACAUUUUUUUUCCAUAUUGAUUUUGAAAUGAUGUGAACCAUCACAACAAAUUCUGUGUUUUUGUAUAUUUAGUAAAGUAUGUUUUGCUGUUCAUCUUUAAAAUUCUAAUAUAUUAUUUUGUGUUAAGUAACAAAUGUCAUAGCAAUAAAAAUAAUUUAAUAAUGUACACUUUUAUACA